AUGGUUCUUUAUUGGAUAAAUGAGUAUACUUCUUCCAUUGGUCUUGGGGUAUUCCAUUCGGGUGUGGAAAUAUAUGGAACAGAAUAUGCAUACGGCGGACAUCCAUUUCCGUUUUCAGGUGUGUUUGAGAUCACACCACGGGAUGCAGAAGAUCUUGGUGACCAGUUCAAAUUCAAACAAAGUAUUCAUUUAGGCUAUACAGACUUUACGGAAGAUGAUACAAAACGAAUUGUAGCAGAACUUGGGAAAGAUUUCAGAGGUGACCGGUACCACCUGAUGAACAAGAAUUGCAAUCACUUCUCCUCAGCUUUAACACAGAUUCUGGUUGGACGAGAAAUUCCAACCUGGGUGAACCGGCUGGCAUAUGUCUCUUCGUGUGUUCCAUUCCUUCAGCGAUGCUUACCAAAGGAGUGGCUCACACCAGUGGCACUACAGCAAACCAUUGAGAGGCCUUCACAGGACUCUCCUAUAUCCCCACACCCUCCCUCGUCCAAUUCCCCGAGCUCUGCCACUCGAGACAGGGCCCCACAUUUAGCAGCCACCCCAAGGAAUACUCGCUCUACGGCACACUCUCGUAACUCUUUGUAACCUGAGCGUAUGUGUUAUGUUUUUUCAGAGACUGUUUAUCCCUUUGCCAGAUGUAGUCUAAAUAGACAAGAUAUAUAUGUGAGAGUAAUUUGACAAAAUGCAUGAAGUGAGUGAGUGUUUACUGAGUGUUUUUAUAAGAUUAUGUUAGAUAUCUGUGUUUUCAGGCGACAUAUAGUUUUGAUAAGAAUGUCGUUAUAUUCAAAGUUCUAGCACUUGACUGGCUACAGUGAUUGUACUGACAGCUUGUCAUUUGUUAAUGCAGUAAUGGCUGGAAGCCUCCACAUAACUUUAAGGAUAUUAUGUGACUGUGUAGAGAUUUGUGCUCUUCUAAUGAUGUGUACAGAAAAUUUAGUGCCAUAAAUAAGCAGUUUAGGGUAAGAGUUGGGUUAAUUCUAGAUACUGAUUAAAUAAAGUGAAAUUAGUGGAAGUAUAAUUGGCAUUAAUUUCUCAGGGUUUGGCUUCAACAUUUUUUAAAAUUCUUUUCGAAAAUCACAUGAAAAGUUGAGAUUUCAGCCUUUAAGGAACUGCAGCACUCUCAUUCUUUGCAAGGGAUAUUUGUUAGUCCACAUGUUGCAAUCUUUAAUUCAACUAAAAGUAUUGAAAUGGUAAUAUCUAUGCAAUGGAAUUGAUAUCAUUCCUGCAAUAGUUUGUAUCCACUCAUUGUAUUAAUUGGAUCACACAUUUAACAGAUGGGGAUUACAAGUACAUUUGGGGUCUCCAAAAAUCUAUUUUGAUACUCACAAGUGUGUCCCACCAGUGUGAAUAACUGCUAUAAGCGAUUGAAUUCGGAAGAGUCCUUUUGGAAUUCUUCCUUGGAUGUAAGUUUAACAGUGAAAUCCCCCACAUUAUCAUUAUGUCCAUGGUAAUACCAAUUCCUCAUGGGCUUUGAGAGGUUCAAAUACAUACAAAUUCUGCUUGAUAUUUUUAAAGAAAUAUUGGUCAGGUGAACUUAACACAGAGGCUUAACUCUUUUCAGUUGUGUACUUAUUAUUGAGAAAGAUAGUAUGACUGAUUUAACACAUGAUUAUAAAUUUUGUGAUUUUUUUUAUUCUUUAUUAUUAUUAAAAGUGGAGAGAACAAAAUAGUUACACUGUAAUAUGUACAUACAGAUGAAAUAAAACAUUUCACAAUAGAAAUGGAAUGGAAAUAUUUUUUACUACUGGGGAAUUAUGAGGAAUGGGUGACGAAAGUUCAAAAUGUCUUUUUUUUUAUUCUGUUUCUAUUGUGAAAGUGUUUCAUUUUAUAUGUAGAUAGAAUUAUGGACAGCAUGAAUAUACACACUGCAGACUA